CUUGGGCAACCCGUCGCCCACGCUGACCGUGAGGGACCGGCCACUGGCCUUGAGCACCGCCAAGUCGCCGGAGCCGCGGGAGAAGGCCAUGCAGCUAAACCAUGACAGAACUGGACCAUAAAUUCAGAUCUAGUUACCUGUGUCUCACUGGGGCCAGCAGUGCAUCUCACACAAAUAAGGAGCCCAAGAAGAAUUUGUUGAAAAGAAAGAAUGAAUGAAAAAAACCUCACUGGACCUGAAAUAGUUAUACAGUGAGAGAGAAAGAAAGAGAGAGAGAGAGACAAAGGUCUUCCUUCAAUUGGUUCACCCCCCAAAUGGCUGCUACGGCUGGUGCGUCACACCGAUCUGAAGCCAGGAGCCAGGUGCUUCCUCCUGGUCUCCCAUGCGGGUGCAGGGUCCAAGCACUUGGGCCAUCCUCCACUGCACUCCCUGGCCACAGCAGAGAGCUGGACUGGAAGAGGAGCAACUGGGACAGAAUCUGGCGCCCCAACUGGGACUAGAACUAGAACCAGGGGUGCUGGUGCUGCAGGUGGAGGAUUAGCCUAGAGAGCUGUGGUGCUGGCCAAUCCAUACCUUUUUCAAAUGCCACCAAUGAAUUGCUACCACCGUUACUGAUCACUGUCACCAGAAGUCAACCAUGAACUCCCAAGAGCACCAUCACAAGGAUCCAAGUAAUGGCAACCACCCAGCUUCACUGAGCCAGCAUCCCCAGCAUUUGUAGCUGAAAACAAUCAACCUCUAUUGACCGGUGUUCACAAAAGACAACUGUCACCACCACCAACUCACCUACAAGAACCAUGUACCUGCAGUAACCAACAUCAGUGACCACCAUCACCACCACCACCACCACCAACUCAACAACAACUCCCCCAGAGGACCAUCAUCAUCACCAACCUGCAACACCAGUGUCAGUGACCACCAUCACCACCAACUCAACAACUCCCCCACAAGGACCAUCAUCAUCACCAACCUGCAACACCAGUGUCAGUGACCACCAUCACCACCAACUCAACAACUCCCCCAGAGGACCAUCGUCAUCACCAACCUGCAACACCAGUGUCAAUGACCACCACCACCACCAACUCAACAACUCCCCCAGAGGACCAUCAUCAUCACCAACCUGCAACACCAGUGUCAAUGACCACCAUCACCACCAACUCAACAACUCCCCCAGAGGACCAUCGUCAUCACCAACCUGCAACACCAAUGUCAAUGACCACCAUCACCAACAACUCAACAACUCCCCCACAGGACCAUCGUCAUCACCAACCUGCAACACCAGUGUCAGUGACCACCAUCACCACCAACUCAACAACUCCCCCAGAGGACCAUCGUCAUCACCAACCUGCAACACCAGUGUCAGUGACCACCACCACCACCAACUCAACAACUCCCCCAGAGGACCAUCGUCAUCACCAACCUGCAACACCAGUGUCAGUGACCACCACCACCACCAACUCAACAACUCCCCCAGAGGACCAUCAUCAUCACCAACCUGCAACACCAGUGUCAAUGACCACCAUCACCACCAACUCAACAACUCCCCCAGAGGACCAUCGUCAUCACCAACCUGCAACACCAGUGUCAAUGACCACCAUCACCACCAACUCAACAACUCCCCCACAAGGACCAUCGUCAUCACCAACCUGCAACACCAGUGUCAGUGACCACCACCACCAACAACAACUCAACAACUCCCCCAGAGGACCAUCGUCAUCACCAACCUGCAACACCAAUGUCAAUGACCACCAUCACCACCAACUCAACAACUCCCCCAGAGGACCAUCGUCAUCACCAACCUGCAACACCAGUGUCAAUGACCACCAUCACCAACAACUCAACAACUCUCCCACAGGACCAUCGUCAUCACCAACCUGCAACACCAAUGUCAGUGACCACCACCACCAACAACUCAACAACUCUCCCACAGGACCAUCGUCAUCACCAACCUGCAACACCAGUGUCAAUGACCACCAUCACCACCAACUCAACAACCCCCCACAAGGACCAUCGUCAUCACCAACCUGCAACACCAGUGUCAAUGACCACCAUCACCAACUCAACAACUCUCCCACAGGACCAUCGUCAUCACCAACCUGCAACACCAGUGUCAAUGACCACCAUCACCAACUCAACAACUCUCCCACAGGACCAUCGUCAUCACCAACCUGCAACACCAGUGUCAAUGACCACCACCACCACCAACAACUCAACAACUCCCCCAGAGGACCAUCGUCAUCACCAACCUGCAACACCAGUGUCAGUGACCACGACCACCAACAACUCAACAACUCUCCCACAGGACCAUCGUCAUCACCAACCUGCAACACCAGUGUCAGUGACCACCAUCACCAACAACUCAACAACUCUCCCACAAGGACCAUCGUCAUCACCAAUUUAUGACAACCAACAUCAGUGACCACCACCAACUCAACAACAACCCCCCACAAGGACCAUCGUCAUCACCAACCUGCAACACCAGUGUCAGUGACCACCACCACCAACAACAGUUACACACGGCAGCUCCUGCAGAGUUCCCGAGGCUGAGUCACCACCCAUCAGCACUGGUAAAUCGGCAGCGCUUGCCCUUAACUGAGUGCAGCUGCUCCAUAAAGCGCUUGCCAGCCACGGCUGCAUUGAUGCCGCCAGUCACCUCCGGCCCUCCCACCUCCGCAGGGAGCCCCCAGCCUCCUGGUCUCCGUUCAUUGUUCUCUCCUACGUCUUUGAUGCUCUCUCACCUCCCAGACCCUGUCUGCUUAGCCACUGUUGACUCAGCACUUCGCCGGGCUCCCUGGGAGGACUGCUGUUCUCUCGAGCAGCGAGUCGGUUCCUGUGUUCUUUGAUCCUGGUCUGCCCAUCUGAGCUCCCGAGUCUACUCAGUCUUGGAGGAGCUCCCAUCCCGAGCUAGACCCCCACAGGGAAGCUUGGUUGCGACGUGGCCAGAGGCUCCUUGACCAGGGGUGUCCAGUUCCCCUUGACUUUCUGAAAGGCGGGGCUCUUCUCUCUCUGCCUCUGCCCUGCUCAGCUGCCUAGCACCCUCGUCUCUGUGCCAGCCACGCGCCCUCAUCCUCACAUCUGGAGCUGAGGGGGUGGCUUCCCCGUGGUCAGCUCUGGCUCCCUCUUACAUGCCCAGCCAGGGCAGGGAUGGGACACUGAUCUUGCCAGGGGCGUUUGGAUAUGGUAACCUCGUCCGCGGACCAGCUGAAAGACUAGCCUGCUAUAGAUGGAUCAGAAUUUUGGAUCCCACACGCUGUUGCCUCAGCAGGGCCAGACCAAAUGAUUUUGCGGACGUUAUAUGGACCUCGGGCAGGACGCUGCCCACCGCUCUACACCCAUGAUCGUGACAGUCUCUCCAACCUUCUCACCAUCAGCAACAGCCCUCAACCUCAACAGGCAGUGACCCUCUGGCUGCAGACUUUCUGUUGCCAUCGCCAUGGGCAAUGCCACUGAAUGUGCGCAGUCUCCCCGCCUCCGCCCUCCGUGAUUGCUACAGCUGAGCCACCCACUGCCCCCCGGGGCACGCCGUCACUGCACCCCACCAUCCAGGAGACACAGCUUCCUCUCCCAGUUGUGAACUUUGAGCGGCCAUAGCCACAGACCCCCCCCCCCCCCACCGGAGGCUCCAGUGCAGAAGCCCCCAAGGAGCCAGACCAGCCGUAUCAGACCAGCUUCCAAGCCUGAGGCCAAGAGAGGGGAAGUAACUCGCCCCAGGCCACAGUAGGGAACGAGGGACCAGGCAGGGCUGGAAACUGGAUUCCCUAGCCCCCUGCCAAGGGGUAAGUUCCUGAACCUGCGGCCCCUGUGUGAUUCCCUUGGGGCUGUCUUCUGUGUCUUGGACCACCUGUGGCUGCUCCCCUCUACCACUGUGUGGCUGCACCCUCUCCACCAGCGUGGUCCCUGGUAAGGGACACUGGGGAUACCCAAGCCACACUGAGGGACCCUCAGAGGGUCUGCCAUUCUGGUUCCCAUCACCCCACUUUCUUGUGGUUUUCGGGGCACCUCUACCUGGCUGGUGCCCCCCCUCCCUUGCAUGUCCAGGACCACCCAGGAAGGACUUACCAUUCUUUGGGGCUGGUGUCUGUGCCUCCUGGGGGGCACCCGAGUGGGCUGUGACAGGGUACAGGUUCAGGGGGGUCCUGGGGGUGGCUGGGGCAUGGCCUUCCUCCCGCUCCUUCACUCCGCUCCCAGCCCUAGUUCCUCUUACCGUGGCGGUCCCCCUCUCACUUCCUUUGACGGGAGGGGCCCUGGCCCUGGGGGCGGGGAGAGCCUCGGAGGUGGCAGGCAGGGCCCACAGAGCUGGGGCCCCAGGCUGACAGCCCCCAGGACGUCCCUCCUCCGGCUCCCCAGGGACAAGAGCUGCAGCCAAGGGCCUCGGGUCAGCCGGCCAUGGACCGAGCUGCUCAGGUCUCCUCAAAACUGGGGAGCAGGGUUUCAGACGUUUGCCCUGGGAGCCCCCACAGGCGAGCUCCCUCUUCCAGAGCCACCUCUGCCAGCCCUCCCCGCACAGCCACCCAGGGCAGCCACGCCUGUCUGGGUGUGGUUGCGUCCGGGAAGGGGGAGGGGGACCAGGAGUCAGGUGCGGCUGACCCAGGCUUUGGAUGUCAGCUCUGGAUUUAACACCACCACCUUUGCUGUGCUACCCCUGGGACAUCUCGGUCUCCCCAUCUUUCUCAAGAGCCCUUCUGGGUGGGAUCCCUUGUGUUAACGUGUCCUGAUCUUGGAGACACCGACACACCGCGUCCUCCUCCAGCCAUGUAAGGCAGCGCUUGAUCCAAGUGGGCACCGGCCUCUGGUCCAUGCCCGGGACUGGUCUUUGUCUCUGCCUGGCAGGGCAUCCUCCUUGGGGGUGGCCGGGCACGGCGCCCCCUAGCAGCUGCUUCUGGGAAGGAGCCUUUGUCUCUGCUGAGUCAACCUGGCAAACUCGGUGGUGAGAGCCACGCACAGGAAGGCCCCGGGCCUGGGCAGGUCCCGGGCCAGCGUGGGUAGAAGCCCCUGCCCUCUGCAGAGGCUUCCCUAGACACACAGCCACACGCCGACAUCUACACAAGACAGGACUUUAUUGAAGUAGGGCUUCCUG